AGCAGCAGGAGGCGCACAGCGCUUUCUCUCUGCUGCUCCUUCUCUCCCUGUGCUCCAGAGUCUACGCAGGCAGAAGCCUCUUCAGGAUCACGACUGCUCCACGACCACACGCUUCCCUUCUAACUGUGUUGUUCCUUCUUUUCUGAAGUACACUCACAGAAACACUACAACCUUGGCUGGUGGGCUCAGCUGUCAGCUUUAGUUUGUUAACACUAACUAGAAAUGAAAUUUACCAUGCAGACCACCACUCACGUUAAGGAAAACACUGUAUUUUCCCCCUUUUCCUGCCACAGUCUUCUGCUGGGGGAGAUCCAGAGAGGGCUUGUUAUCUACAUAUGCUUCUUCAAAGGUGCUGACGAGGAUCUUGUCCCAAAAAUUGUCGAUACGCUGUUGAAUGUUAAAUUAAGUGAAAAUGAAAAUGGCGAGUUUGUCUCUGUUCUUGAUUUACCAGGCGAUGUACUCAUCAUACCACAAGCCACCCUAGGUGGUAAACCAAAGGGAAGAAGGAUGCAGUACCAUGCAAACAUUGAAAAAGAAAAAGGGUUGGAACUUUAUUCUCAGUUUGUGACUCUGUGUGAAAAAGAGCUGGCUGCCAAUGCCAAAUGCAUGGCAGCUGGUGUUCUUGUCAAGCAUGGCACAUAUGGAAACAGGCAGGUGUUAAAACUGGAUACAAAUGGACCUUACACUCACCUGAUCGAAUUUUGAAAAAAAUAAAUUGUAUCCCAAAUACA